AUGUCAAUCGUCCCUAUGACAGUCAUAGAAGAUCGACAAGAUGACAAGAUGGACAAACAUCUUCCAAGUCACAAACUCUCUCUUUCUUCUUCUUCUCCUCGUCUUCCUCCGCUCAACGAUAAUGGAAAACUUUCACCAUUCGACACAGUUAACACAUCAUUCCCAUCGGUAGAAAAGAAGGAGGAAUCAUCACUACAAUCUUCUCGUACUUCCUCACCAUCAACAGGUAUCGAACUUCAUCAAUCGCUUAAACGUCGAUCCCCUUCUCCUCCUAGACCUUCUUCACUUCGUAUCCUUCUCAGAAGAGACAGUGAUAAAUCUUCUUCACCUAAACUACCCCGCUUAAUUCUACCUCCUAUAGAUGGAAGGUCGAUGCGUCGUCGAUCAGCUUCGCCCGUUCGUCUUGUCACGCCCUGGCAAUCUCAAUCUCGUCUACCCACUUUACCUUCUCCACAACCAGGUCCAAUUCCAGCGACUGCGACACUCUCUCCUCCCGGCACCGCCGGCUCGUCAUCUACCAUUCGCAGUAUAGGCGUAGCCCCUUUACAUGGCAGUGACUUUGGUCGGCGACUGUCGGGUCCCGGACAACCCGCAACGCCCUCCUCUGAAACAAAUUCCUUGAAUACCCUCCUUCUUCCCCGGAAACCCCCAGAAACAGCUAUACCGGCUCCCUCCUCGGCUCCUGUGGCUUCACUGACUUGGCCACCCACAGGUAUGAUCAGUGGGGUUACGAAUGCCACAGACCGUGCGUCGACGUCGAUGAAGAAUUACCCUUCUCCCGAGGCAUGGUUUGCCUUGGCUUCUACGUCCAGAGAUAGGCAUCGUUGGUCUCGAGAGAUGUUGCAAGGUUAUCAUCUAGGUGUAGAAGAUACGAUUCGGGCUAUGGAAAAUGGUAUUGUUGGUGUGAAUGGUAGGCAAUUUCCACGUCCUGUACAUAUCAAGCACGAUAUCCCUCGACAUACUAUGGACGAAUAUCCUCGUCGGAUACAUCCACCACCUCGACCAAGUCCUCGUACCUUAUAUCAAACACCUAUCAGUACUUCACCUGGGACUCCCACUCAUCCUUCUGGUCUUCCUCGCUCCUUCCCAGUAGACCUUGGACAACAUAAUCAUCCAGCCCACCCGAAACAUUCUCUUCCUCAUCAACCCGUUUAUUCUCCGUACGGUAGUCAUCAUCCGACAUCACAGUCAAAACAAUCUCCUUCACCCACUCAUUCACCUCAAACUUCCCUUCGACCCCAUCCCCAUCCCCAUCCCCAUCCUCAUCCGCAACACCACCUUCAACAUCCUCACAUGCAGCAUCAACAUCUACAACACUUCCGACAUUCUUACCCCUCCGUCCCAGGUCCAUCAUCACGCACUACCUCUUUAUCAAACUCUAUGGCCGCUAUGAGAACACAUGAUAAUUAUCUUCCUCUUCUCUUUCAGCGUCAGACUUCUCCGGGGAUGAUGGGAAGUCCGAAUAACCCAGAACGUCGUACACGUCAGCCCAUAUCAUGUUACGGAUGUAGACAACGUAAAUUGAAAUGUGAUGGUAUCAAACCAUGCUGCCAAUGCGUUCGUAGGGGAAAUGAUAAAGAAUGUGAUUAUGCUCCUAUGGUCAGAAGACGAGGAAAAGGGAAGAAACAUGAUAGAUCAGAAAAUUCAAGUCAAAGUGCUGAUGAUACUCCCAAACGUGAUCAUUUUCACACUUCUCGCAGUCCUUCUGUGUUAGAAACGAAUCCAAACCCUAUGGAAGAUUCAUCACGCCGUUCGAGAAGUUAUGGCAGAUCAGAGUCACUUCCCAAGAGGUCUAAAGGAGGAGAGGUAGAAGUUAUGAAAAGAGUUGAUAGUAACGAGAAUGAACAUGACGGGCAAGUCAGUCAAGAUGAGACCAAUGGGUUCGAGGACGAGAGGUUGACACAGCAGGAAGAAGAUGUACAACUUAGGACAAUCACACUUUCUCCAGAACAAGAUAUACGUCCUGUUCUGCAUUCACCACUUUCUGUCAAAGCGGAAAUAUCCUCUCCAAUGACUGAAAGACAUCCUUCGCCUUCACCAAAUCCGACGAUAGAAGAGGAAGUCGUGCCAGCGGAUUUCCGAGAAUGCAAAUGA